UUGAGUUGCAGUGUGGAGGUUGGAGGGAGGUCAUGGUGUGGCAGGGGCUGUGGGUGUUUAAGCCCCGCUUUGGGAAGCGUGGGGGCCGGUUCGUAGUGGUGCCUGCUCUCUGUGUGCUGAUAGUCAGUGCUGCCCUGCUAGCUCUACUCUUCAUUUACUCCAUUGAGUCAUGGGCCACAUACAUGAAUAUGAACACAAUGGUAGAGGCACAGGGGGGGAUCAUACCCCCUCAGAGUGUCCCCCCAACCAGACCCGAGGAGUACCUCCUUAUGCCCAGCCCUCAUGUCUGCCAGCAUGCCAAGCCCUACCUCAUCACCAUGGUGACCUCCGCCCCAGCCAAUCAGAGGGCCCGCCAGGCCAUCCGGGACACGUGGGGUGGGGAGGUGGAGGUCAGGGGUCAUAGGGUCAUGACCUUGUUCAUGCUCGGGGUGGCCUCUGACCCCGGGCUAACCAAACUGCUGAUAGAUGAGUCCUGGGAAAGAGGGGAUCUGAUCCAAGGGCCUUUCUGGGAGUCCUACUCCAACCUGACCCUGAAGACGCUAUCGAUGCUGAGCUGGGCCCAACGGUUCUGCCCCCAGGCCCACUUCCUGGCCAAGGUGGACGAUGACGUCCUGUUCAACCCUGGGGCCCUUCUGCUCUACCUGAACAGCACCUACGAGCACGGGGACCUGUACCUGGGCCGGCUCCACUAAAACGUGGCUCCAGACCGAGACCCAGGCAGUAAGCACUACCUCCCUAGAGGGGCGUACCCUGCCUCUGUCUUCCCCGGCUACUGCAGCGGCACUGCCUACAUCCUGUCCCGCUCCGCCUUGCUCAAGAUCUCCCUGAUGGCCACUGCCUCGCGUCCGUCCACUCCUCUGCCCCCCGAGGACAUGUUUGUGGGACUGUGUGCCCGUGAGGCUGGAAUGCUGCCCUCCCACUGCCCACUGUUCUCUGGUGGGCCUGUGGUGCCCUACGGGCGCUGCUGCUACCAGGCCAUGGUGUCCAUCCAUCACAUCUCCCCCAGCGAGAUGCUCCGGUUCUGGGCUGACAUCCACUCCCCUCCCUCCUGCUCCUGGUUGGAUAUGCGUGCCUCCCUGGGGGUCUGUAAAGUCCGGGCCAUGCUGGGGACCUUUCUGGGGGUGGAGCAGGGGCUAUGAGAGCGUUAUUGCCAUUGUGGAUAGAAAAUACUAUUGCGUUAUGGGGGGCUGUUUCUCUGCCAGUAUUUCAAUACUGUGAAUAGCACAAGCGGCAAGCACUCUAUUUCAUUAGCUACGAUGAGGAAUCACUGUGCAGUGUGAAAAUGUACUUUUAUUUUUAUAGACUUUUUGGAACACUUUAAAUGUAUUUUAUGGUGACGAUUAUUACGCUAGCAUUUUGUAAAAGCUGAAGCUAUAUGAAUCUGUUGAUUUAUUUACAUUUACAUUUAAGUAAUUUAGCAGACGCUCUUAUCCAGAGCGACUUACAAAUUGGUGCGUUCACCUUAAGACAUCCAGUGGAACAGCCACUUUACAAUAGUGCAUCUAAAUCUUUUAAGGGGGGGGUGAGAAGGAUUACUUUAUCCUAUCCUAGGUAUUCCUGAAAGAGGUGGGGUUUCAGGUGUCUCCGGAAGGUGGUGAUUGACUCCGCUGUCCUGGCGUCGUGAGGGAGUUUGUUCCACCAUUGGGGGGCCAGAGCAGCGAACAGUUUUGACUGGGCUGCGCGGGAACUGUACUUCCUCAGUGGUAGGGAGGCGAGCAGGCCAGAGGUGGAUGAACGCAGUGCCCUUGUUUGGGUGUAGGGCCUGAUCAGA